AUGUCAUCGGACACCCAUCUUUUGCAGGCUUGUGGGAAGCGCUGCGGUGUUGCGGGCACUGCCACGAAGAUCUUGUAUGUCGACCUGGUCAACCUGCAGUUCCAGGAAGAAGUGGAAGAUGAUGCUCUGGAAGAUGCCGGAGCUUCACCUUCAGCUUCCGCAGCAGGACCGAAGUUUGGUGCUUCCAGGAAGGCAUACGUCUGUGUUGGGCAGUCAUGCAUCUACCUGCUUCGAUCGAGCAUGUCCCACCGCUUGAAAGCCUUCAAUGGUCAAUUGGAUUACGUCUGGCUGGAGAAGGUUGUGCAAGACACGAGCAGCAGAACCCGGUUCCUCGUGGCCUUGAACGAUAAGCGGCCCAAGGGCUCUCCGUCUCAGUUCAUCAUCGACACGGAGAACCGGGAUGCCUUGUUGACCAUGAUAUGCACGAACUACGUUUCCGAUUGCCUGCAAGAGUUGGGGAACUUGGAGUCCUUGGCCACCUUCCAGCACAGCCUGCAAACCAGCCCUGCGCCCAGCCGAGUUGCCCCUCCAAAGGGCUUCAAGUCGGCGGAGUUUCGUGGUUACGCCUUCUUCAUCAGGCAAAGCUUCCAAGAGGUUCCGAGUGCAAUUUCCAAAGUUUCUACUGGGCAUUUCAGCACCUCCAUGGGGGAGUUGAACUUGGGAGACAGGUCGUGGGGAUGGUCACGGCAAGCAGGCAAUGUUGAGCUCUUCGUGAAUGUGGUUGACCCGAUCCCAUUGUCCGAAUUGAUCCGCCUCGGCCGCGAGCAUGUGCGCUGGGUGGCAAUGGAAUGCAAGGCCUCCUUGCUGAAGUCUUGGGACUCUGUGGUUCUGCAGAACCGUCCCUACACCAAGAAGAUGAACCUUGCAAAUGACAUUUCAGCAUGGAGCUGUUGGCAGCUCGCAGUCCAGGACAAAGAGGACAGUUGGGCCAUCAUUGUGCUGAGGCGACAGUAUGUGGCACCGAUGAUGGACACGGUGCAGGAUUUCGUGCUGGCUUUGAGAUGCCCGAGCUCUGUUAGUCCACAGACGGUCCAGGGGCAACUCAUGGAUGAAGUGGCCAUCAUUGCCGAUAGUUUCAGCCCGAGCCCGCAUCCCAAUCUCAAUGCUGACGUCGUCCAGGCAAAGCUGGAUGCCCUGCUCUACGACUCCGAGGCGUAUGCCUGGCUCCACGACCGGUUCACCUUGCAGCCGCAUGGACCAGUUGAUGUGGAGAAGCACGCAAUGAUCUUCGUGAAGGGUGUGGUGAAGAGUUUGUACAACGAGCACGUUCUCUCUUCAAUAGAAGUCUUGGAAGCCACGCCCUCGGGUUCACCUUUGCGAGAUUCGACGUGCUGCGGCGGUGGCGCAAAGGAAAUCGAGAGCCGCGCGGACGAGAUUUGCACCCUCGCCGAAGCUGCGCUCUCGCCUCGUUUCCAUGUGUCCGAUAGGACCUUUUGUCAGAGAGCCUUGUGCCAGGACCUCGAGCCUCUGACCGUGGCGCUGAAGCUACUGAGUCAUCCAGGGCAGGGCCUUCCCAGGAGCGCGCUUCGCGCGGAGAUUUUUUUGGGGUGUGCAGGUUAG